AUGUCUAAUUACACAGAUAUUGUGAGCAAAAUAGGAAAGGAUAGUUCGCGGGCCGCUUGCAAGAAAUGUGGUUACGCCGGACACCUAACUUUUCAAUGUAGAAAUUUCAUAAAAAUAGAUCCAAAUAAGGAGAUAGUCCUGGACGUAAGCAGUACCAGCAGUGACAGCGAGGAUGAUUAUGCCACGCCAUUGCAGAGCUUGCGUGAGGCCGAGCUGCGCCAGAAGCUGCAGGAGAAACUGCAAAAGGCCAAGGAGAAGAAAGAAAAGAAGAAGAGUAAAAAGAGAAAGAGAUCCAGGUCAUCCAGCACAUCGUCAACAUCAAGUGAUUCAUCUUCAUUAUCAUCAGACAGUGAUUCAGAGAAGGAAAAAAGAAGAAAGCACAAGAAAAAGAAAUCCAAGAAAUCAAAAAAGUCACACAAAGAACAUAAGAAGAGUAAAAAAUGACCUUAAAUAGAUAAUGAUUAGACUAAUCUUUUUCAUUUCAUGUAAUGAACAAUAAUACAUUAUUAUAAAUGAACCUAUUUAACAAUCAUAUCAUUACCUGGCUUACAAUUGCAAGU